GGUGUGUGGAGCCAAGUCAGUGAUUUGUCCCUUUACCUCAGUGCAAUCUACCUCGUUAAGGCCCCUGGCAGCCUGGUAUCAAGGCCCUGUUCUUCAUGGUGUCUGAUGCCCUCUGAGGUCCUGGACUGAAACUCCUGGGGGUACAAUAGCCCCAAGCACAGUACCCCCUCUCCUCCUCCUGCUGAUCUUCAGGGUCAGGGAGAGCUGCAGUCCAUCAUUAUCUGUGCUGCUGCAAAACCAUUGCAGGAAUGGUCCCUGGGUGCAGCGUUGGCUCUCUGCUGUAGCAGAGGGGCUGUGACAGCUGCUUUAAAGGAGCUGAAGCACAUUCAGCCAGGGCAGAGUUUUUCUAAAACACCAUGUGACCCCAGUGGAAGGCAAAUAUUUCUCCGCUCCCUCAUCAUGGAGGCUCAGGCCCUCGUGUCUACCUGGAGCAUACUGCGAGAUCAGGGCCUUCCUCUCUAAUCAGGCCAGUGAUUUUUCCUUUCAGAGGGUCCUCUAAAGCAGAAAGAACCAAGUUCUCCAAAGUGAUUGCUGAGAGACAGGCCCUAGUCAGUGUAGCAUUAGAUCUGAGCUCAGCUCAGGAUCCAGACUGACUGAACUGAGCCCUCCAGAUCCAAGGUGGGGCUGGGUCUGGAUUCUGAGCCAUGGAAGUUCUGCAGCAGGGGCCCAUCGCUGGGGUGAAGACAGCACGGACUGGUGGGUGAGGGCACAAGGCAGGGACUGUGGACACCUGGUUUCUGUUCCUCAAUUUGCCCCUGACCUGUGGCAUGGCUUGGAGCAAGCCCCCGGGCCUUGCUGUCUGCCCUCCUGACUGCUGGCACUCCUAGCAGCAGCUCCUAACACAGCUUGGGUGGGUCUCUAGGUGCUACUGUAAUAACCAUGAUAAAGACCAAGGCUGGAAAAUCUUUGCUAUGGAGACAAGUGCUCUCUGGGGAGUCUCCCCUGUCCCUUUGUGAUGUCAUGGCGGGGGUGGGUCCCUUUGUGACACUUUUGCUUCUCUGGCUGAGGAGGAGAGGAGCAGCUGCCAACAAGAGCUUAGUGAGCUAUAUGACCUUUAUGUGCUCCUGGAGCACAGCGAGGAAUGAGCAGCACCAAACCUCACCACAGCUAGUGCCCGGUGGAGGAAGGCAGCUACGUUGGACAUGGAUCUGACUGUGGAAGAUAUUGAGGACAUGCAGCUGGAUUCACAAGGAGAAGUGCAAGCAGACAGGUCAAAACUGAUUGGCAGCCAUGACAAGGGCAUGAGCAUGAUAGUGCUCACCUUAAAUGGAGUUGAGGUGGAACCCAUCACCCCAGCAGCUCCAGGAGAACACCCACUGAAUAGGGGCACAGACCAGAUCAUGGAAGUGAUCUGUGGCUUCUUGGGAGCUGCCCCAGGGCACACAGCACAGAUGUCAGAGGGGCUGAUCCAAGUCAUGAAUGAAGACAGCUGCUGGGGUUCAGAAGGGACAGGCCAUGAACCUAAGGCAAGAGGACCAGAGUCAUCAUUUGUGACCACACCCAAUAAAUCACUGCUGUGUAUGAAGGAAGAAUUGCUGGCCAGCCUGGAGGAGCCCAGGGAGCUGGGGAAGCAGAGAGGCUACAAAAACAUCAAGUCUACAAUGGGGGAAAAGACCCAUUCCAGGGUUGGUGAUGACACUGAGGGCAGCUGUGAGGGAGACCAGCAGGAGGUGACUGAGCAACAGGGUAGAGGAUUAUCACCUGGUACAGACACUUUGCUUGAGCACCAGGACAGAAAUCUGCCCAGUGAACUGAGAGAGGAGGACUCCUUCUUGCUGCAGGAUGGCAAGAAGGAGCAAGAGAGCUUGGAAGUCAGCCUGGAGGAGCUGCUGGUCCCCAUCCUUAGGAAGUCGGACCUGUGCCAGGGGGCUGAGUCCCAGCACUGUUUGCCAGGAGUGGUCACCAUCACCUGUCUGGCUGAGUCUCCCAGCUUAGAUGCCUCUGAUAGGUUGGAGUGCCAGCUCCCUCCCAGCUCUGUGUUCAAAGCCUGGGCAAAGUUAGGCCCUGGCUCUUGGCUGGGCCCUCCCCUGGUCUUUCCACACAGGAAGGAUGGCAGGAUUCACUGCAUCAGGUUAUUCCCUAAGGGCUUUGGGCCAGAACUGGAAGAGGGGAUCAGGCAGUGCUGUACAGGCUGGGUGGCCAGUGCUGGGACUUUAUUGUGCAAGGCCAAGAAGCUGUUUUCUAGUUAUCAGCUCCACUCAACUGAGGGUGCCCAGGUAUCAGGAGCACAAGAGGCUGCUCUCAUUGCUGCCCUUCAGAAGACAACACUGCCUGGUACCAAGCCCUCCAGGCACCUGGAGUGCCCACCUGCUACCCACGCUAUGCCUGCUCAGCCAAAGCCUGGGGAUCUCUCCCCUUUCUGCCUCCAGCGGGUUAUCCAGAGACUGAAACUACUGAUGUUGGUGAAGAAAAAACCCUCCAGUUCCUAGCAGAAACUCUCCUAUCUAAAAAUGGUUGCCAUCCCUAUUAAAAGGAAUUGUCAAGUAUGCUGUGGGUUUGGGAGUCUCGGCUGUGCUAGACAGCCUUUGCAAUACACGAGAAAUGUUCUCCCGAUCUUUGCAUAAUUGGCUUCUGCAGUUCAGGUGCUGGAAAGCUCAAGGCAAUGGGCUCAAUGUGCUCCAUCUUGGUGUCUCUAGGUGCUCACAACAUGAUUCGCUGUCAUAGGAAAGCUUAAGAAAAAAAAUCACUUUGUUGUGUGAUCGGCAUGGGUAUUUUACUGUUUUCCUCAGCUCCUGUGCAUCAACAAUUGUCCUCAUAAAGAACUGCAAGGGCUCUUGGGGCUUUCCUUGGCAGCACAGGGUUGCCUUUAAUUCAGAGAUGUAAACAUCACUUGGUCUCCCAGGCCAGGACCAUGGGCCUCCUUAUAGGCCAAAUCCAGAUCCACCUCUGGCAGCAGGGUGAGCAGCAUAAAGGAGCUGCAGGGCUGGGGAACACAGACAUUACUCAUCCCACCACUACCAAAGCACAGUCCCAAUGGGGAUCCAUACCCCAAAAUAUAGCAGUAAGCCCCAUCUCUGGUUACUCCACCCCAAAUUCCCAACACCUCCAGGAGCCCUGUGGACCCGAUGACAGCUCCACAGGCCAGAUCCAGCCACUGACUGUAUCUUUGAGAACUUUCCUUUGAUCAGGCAGGGGCUUCUCAACUCUGGCAAGUGCUGAAGUGGUUAGCAGCCUGAUGGGGGGUGCUCAGUACCUACAGAUCAGGAGUGAUUGAGACCCAGGCACCCUCCAACAAACAAUGUCAGAGCUUCAGAGGCUGCAGCAAAAUAACUCCCUAACCCAUCAUAUGUUGCUCAGUACCUGAUAUAAUCCUAGAAUUUCCAGCAAGCCCAAGAGAACAGCAGAUAUGUGACAUAGAUGCUUAGUGUCCUGAACAAGCAGCUGCUUUUAAGCACAUCAUCUUGGCAUUUCUCUUCCUUUUACCUUACAAGUCAACUUUAUGUACCAUUUCCUUGAAGCCAUAUCAGCAGGGAGCUGGCAACAGCCUGAUCUAUCCCACCACAGCUGUCCAGGUCCACUGCUAUUUAAUCUGUUUAAAACCAAGGCCCUCCGGCUCUCAGGAGGGAGAAGCCCCUGCCCAUGACUUUGCAGGAACGGGGGUUUAAGUUUAUAGUCAGUUGUUCACAGACCCAGGAAGCCUGUCACUGCCUGCUUGGGUUGCUAAGUAACAGUCAGUCUGGCCGCUAUUAAAUCUAGACCAUUCAGCAUGUACAAAAUUCAGCCUCACUGCUCCGUUUCCCAGAUUACAUGCCAUUAACAGCACUGCCCCCAAACCAGCUACAUUUCCCCUUUCAAGGGUCCCUGGAGCACCUUACCAGGCUGCAAUUCAGAAAGACAGAGAGGAGCAUUAUCAGAUUUUAGUAUGUGCCCUACAUUCUGCUUUUGGUAGGGGCAGGCAGCUCCUCUGCUUUGAAAUCCUAAGGGAAAUCUAUGCCCUUUGCCAAGGAGUGAAGUCAACUUGAACAGUUGCUAGUUGCACAGGCUAUCAUUAAAAAACUUGACUUGUUUUACAUUCUCAUGCACAAAUUAAGUCAAGUGUUCAGGGAAGGCCUCUUUCUUCUCAAGGUAGCAGAAUCCUUGUAAGAGGGCCACCAUCUUCUGCUCUACAGAUAGCUAUGAUUCCAUGAUGGGCAAAUUCUCACAUGGCACUUAUGCUUAUCCCACAUUCCCUCCUCCAUCUUGGAAGAUAGUCCCUGCUAUUCUCUGAGGGCACUGGGGUAAAAGGGUAGGGUGCCUUGCAUGGUACUCAGGAUCCCAUGAGUAAAGCAGACAGUCAAUCUUCUGCCUAAACUAUAGUUCCCCUGCAAAUGUGCCUUUAAUUAAUGCAAAAUACUGACUGCUCUCAAUAGGUGUGAAACUACACUACACUACAGGGUGAACAGUUACACAAAACUGAGACUUCAAAAGCAGCACCGUCUGACUACAGAACGCGACUGAGCUCAGGCCCAAGCUAAAAAUCUCUUCCUGCAUUUUAAAGCCAUUUAGCCAAAACUAAACCCCAAUCACUGUAUCCUGUCCACUGCUUGCUUUCAUGAACAAGACAGAACCCAGAUUCCAGAUAACAUCCUUUGCACUUGCCCUUUGAUCUUUAAAUUCUAGCCAUGGUAGAC